AUGGGCUCAUGCCUGUCAUGCCUGUCAUGCCAGACAACUCCUACUCAACUACAGAGCUAUUCCACAUCUGAGGAAGAGGAGAAUGAGAAGGAAAUAGACAAUGUGGUGGAUAGGGAGAAUGUGGAGGAAAAGGAAAACGUGAAGGAAAAUGAGAAUGUAGGGGAACAGUAUGUGGAGGGACUGGAGUAUGUGGAGGAACAGGAGAAUGUGGAAGGACAGGAGAGUGUGGAAGGACAGGAGUAUGUCAAGGUACAGGAGAAUGUCGGGGUACAGGAUUACGUGGAGGAACAGGAGAAUGUGGAGGGACAGGAGUACGUGGAGGAACAGGAGAAUGUGGAGGGACAGGAGAAUGAAAAGUGUUAUGACCCUGAAGACUCCACAUUUACAUUUGUUGAUCGGGAGGAUGAAAUGGAUUUUUUGUAUAUUGGCUACAAGUCUCGCAGAGCUCUGAUGUCCUGUGGUCAUUCUGUCACUCCGAUGUCUCUCACUAACUGGUGUCGCUACCUUUUGGAUCAGCAUGAGCACAGAUUUGUGUGUGGUCAACCUAACUGUGAUGCUGUAUGGCCAUACAAGGAAGUUCGUAAAAUGGCUCUUCUGACCCCUGAAGAAAUGAAGGAGUUUGAAAAGAAAACGUUCAUCAAUUGCAAGGAUAUCUUUGAUGUAAAAUCAUGUCCUGGCUGCAAGUAUCGUGUGGUGAGAACUGACCUGAAUGAUCUGAGUGUCCACUGCUCAGUGUGCACAACUGAGAAAAAGAAAGUCUACAGAUUCUGCUGGCAGUGUUUGAGGGAAUGGAAAGGUCCAGCUCCACGAUCAGAUCGCUGUGAUAAUGAUGACUGUGUCAUUCAACCACUUGAAACACUUACAAAGUGUUCAGAGAUCAUCUUUGAGGAUGUGGUGGGGGUCACUGGAUGUCCCUCCAUUCGUGCCUGUCCCACCUGUGGCCUACUGUUGGAGCAUAACAGAAAAAAAUGUAAAAACAUCGUCUGUCACAGGUGUAAGGUGGAGUUUUGUUUUGUUUGUUUGAAGGUCAGUAAAGAGUGUUCAAAUAUAACAGGUUCAUAUUUCAAGACAUGCUCUGAUGGUGUCGCCCCUAGACAAACUUCUAUACCUGUGUGGCAGAGGAAAUAA